UUUAUGAUGGUCACAAAUAUAUUGGCAAAAACAUAGCAAGUGCAUAUGCCAAGUUGGAAAAAUUAACAAUGCUGGCCAAAAAGAAGAGUAUUUUUGAUGAUCGACCGCAAGAGAUUCAAGAAUUGACUUACAUCAUGGUGUAUGCGUUACAAUCUAAAUUAGCCAGCAUGGGCACCGACUUCAAACAGAUACUAGAAGUGCGUAUAGAAAAUCUCAAACAACAAAAAGCGCGUCGGGAUCAAUUCGGGCAGUCACCAAUUGCUGCUAGCACUGUUCGCUCGAGUACAGCGAAACUGGGCUCCUUGCUAAUAACGAAUAUGUUUGUGACACGGCAAGAUUUUAACANUGGGCUCCUUGCUAGUAACGAAUAUGUUUGUGACACGGCAAGAUUUUAA